UUUGGGCACCACUAGUCACGCCCCACUGAGCUGAGCUAACCCGCAGCUCACCGUACCGUAGCGAGCGAGGGAGUAAAGUCGCUCGCCCACCAGCAGCAGCAGCAGCAGCAGCAGCGCUCCUCUCCUCCGAUUCACCUCGCCCCGCUGCGGUUUACCUCUCACUUUCUCCCACCUUCCUCGCCCACCAUCCCAUCGCCUCCUCCUUAAGCAACCCAGCGACGGCCGCCGCGGACCAGGCAGCAGCCAACCACCGAGGCACCCGGCAGGCAAUGUCCCUCCUCUCGUCGGCGAGGGCGGCGGCGGGCGGCGAUGCGUGAGAUCGCGCCACGGGCGGAUGGGGAAGGAGGCCGGGGACCAGCGCCAGCGCCCGCCCGACGGGGGCGACGGCGGAGGCGGCGCCCAAGGUAGCGGCCGCUGCGGGGGGAAAGGGGCGGUGCGGCUGCAAUGCGUGGCGGCGCUCGUGCUCGGCGCGGCCGUGCUGCUCUCCGCGCUCUUCUGGCUGCCGCCCUUCGCCACGGGCCGCGGCGGGAGGGGGCGCGCCGACGCGCCGGAUCUCUUCGCAGGUGAUAUAGUGGCAAGUUUUAGGCUGCAGAAGAAUGUUUCCGAGCUCACAGGAAACAUGUCUAAGCUCGCAUUGGACAUCUAUGCGGAAGUCGGCGUCCCUAACUCCAUUGUGGUUGUGGAUUUCCUACAUCCAUUAGGUGGAUCGAACUGGACAAAUGUCAUCUUCAGCAUUGUGCCCUAUCCAAAGAACUUGACUAUAUCAUCAACAUGGUUGAGCAUUAUUAGGGCAUCUUUUAUGUCCUUGGUUGUGCGGCAGUCAACACUCCACUUGACCAAGUCCCUGUUUGGGAAUUCAUCAUCCUUUGAAGUGCUUAAAUUCCCUGGAGGAAUAACAAUAAUUCCUCCGCAACACGCUUUUCCUCCUGAAACACUCCAUGCAACUUUUAAUUUUACUCUGAAUUUCCCAAUCUACAAAGUGCAAGACAGAACUGAUGAAUUAAAGGAUCAAAUGAAGACAGGACUACUACUCAAUUCUAAUGAGAAUCUUUAUAUCAAAUUGGGGAAUUUGAAUGGAUCAACAAUUCUUCCUCCAACUAUUGUUGAGACCUACAUUGUUCGUGUUGUUGGGAAUCACCAGCCAUCUGUACCAAGGAUGAAGCAGUUGGCCCAAACAAUUACUAAUUCAUCUAAAGGGAACCUUGGUCUGAACCAUACCGUAUUUGGCAGAGUAAAGCAGAUAAGCCUUUCCUCCUAUCUUAAUCGUUCUUUACAUAGCAGAGGCAGUUCUGAUGCACCUAGUCAAGCACCAAUCCAACAUCAUGGUCAUCAUGGCCAUCAUCACCAUCACCAUGGUCAUGAAAGCAACAGGCAUUUGGCUCCUGCUCCUGUCCCGAUACAUACACCCAGAUAUGUUGCUCCACCUCCAUCUGGAUGUCCAUAUGGCAACAAGGCAAAGAACAGGGUUCCUGUGGCGCCAGCUGCCGAGCCUGUAGCCAAUGAUCACCGUUCUACUCAUCCUGCCGCUUCACCACCUCACCCAUUAUCACCUUCUGUUCGUCAUCCUCCACGUGAUCCUAAUAUGCACAGUAGAUCUCCCGUUCCGUCCCCUCCAGUUCUUCCGGAGCCGCCUUUGCCCACUGUUUCUUUUAGUCAUGCACACCCUCCAAGUGAGCGUGCAACAGGAACCCGUCCUGCUGGAAUGUCUGUGGCCCCUGCACCACAUUCAUCUAAUGCUAGCCGGAGGCUCUCCUGUCAAUGGAUCCUGGUACCCCUCAUAUGUACCCUGCUUUGGAGCCUACUAUGACAGAGGAGAACCCGCGGCUAACCAGAUGAUUCGAAAUAGAGAUUUUCCAAGUUAGAGGACAAGGCGCCUCUUGGUAUUCUUCUUUUCCAGUUUACUACAGCCGGCCGGGCGGGUGGUGAAGCACAAGGCAGCACCCUCCCUUGCCUCAGGCACGCUGUUGUUUGUUAUACUUGUUAGUGGGAUGUAAAUAUGGAUGGGUAUAAGGCAAGUAAGCAAGGCAAAGAAUGGGCAAGCAGCUGUGCUCGUAGCGGUCAAAGCCACAGCGGUGGCAGGCCCUUCUCUAGCACACGCAUAUGCUUGACCGGGUUUGCUGUGUACUGCUGCUGUUCAGAUGAGGAUUGUUCAAAUGUAAAAGCUUUCUUUUUUA